UAAAAAAAAAAAACUAGAUAUGCGUACCUUAUCCAAGUUGAAUUGUGAUCCAUGGGCAUAUACUAUGGUUGUCCUUCUUCUCCUCCACACACCGUGAGGGCUGGCUGGUCAGAAAUGAGAAUGGCUUCAGCAUUGUCCCUGCAUCUCUCAACCCCUUUCUCCCAACUCCACCCUAGUCUCAAACCUAAAAAACUCCAUGAUUUCCCCACUCUCUCCCUCUCCAAACCUCGAAAACUCAGCGUGAACUCCGUGGACAUCUCCAAAGAAGACACGCCCGUGAAACCCGAAUCGGAGCUGGAGAACUUGGGGCCGCGGCGGCUGGAGGAGAAGUUCGCGGUUCUGAACACUGGAAUCUACGAGUGCCGCUCCUGCGGCUAUAAAUACGACGAGGCAGUGGGCGACCCUUCCUAUCCCUUACCGCCCGGCUAUCAGUUCGAGAAGCUUCCGGAUGAUUGGCGCUGCCCCACUUGUGGGGCCGCCCAGAGUUUCUUCCAGAGCAAGAGCGUUCAGAUCGCUGGGUUUGCUCAGAACCAGCAAUAUGGGCUUGGUGGCAAUUCUCUCACUUCGGGUCAGAAGACUAUUCUUAUAUACGGCACUUUGUUGCUCUUCUUUGCGCUCUUUUUGAGUGGCUACUUCCUCCAAUAGUCUGUUUCUAACUAUUCAUCCUAUUAGGUAACCUAUUCUAUUCUAUGUAUCUGCAAGUUCUACUUUCAAUGCUUUAUUUGUUGCUAUGUAUCUACGUAGUCACUAGUCAUCCCAAGAAACCUGGAAGGUGCCUCUGGUUGUUGAAAGUGGAAACUAGGCUAGCCGAAGCUUUUCUUGCUUUGCUAAAUCAUGGAUGAGUUAUACAAAUCUUAAUAUUUCUUAUCUCUCUCUCUCUCUCUCUCUUUUUUUUUCCUAUGUUUUUCUUACCUUUACUGUUAUCUUUUUGUAUCUCUUGUGAUUGUAAAAAUAUUGGUGGAAUUUGUUGAAUAAAAAGCAAUUUCUCGUUAUAGAUUA